AUGUAUUUAAUUAAAACGGUUCUAGUAUUGCUACUAUUUAUUAUUGAAAAUGGAAGCGCUGUAGUCUCACCAGAGGAUGCUAGAGGGCAAGUCUACAACUGUGCAAAUGUUGAACUAAUUGGAUUAAUUGGAGGCGAUCCAAUGCCAGUCGAUGCAAGCAAAGAACGAUACAUAACAUUUGAAGGCGAUGUUAGGUUUUCUCACAAAACACAUAAACAAACAAUGGAUAGUUUGAAGGAGGGGAAGGAUUAUUUUGGAACGAAUUCUAUUCAUUAUAGCUCUAUUUAAAAUGGAAUAUAUACUUUUAUAAUUGAGAAAUCUCAAGAAAACAUCAUUCAAACUUACAUUAAGACAAGCUUGAAGAGAAGUUAUAAAGUAGCUCAGAUUCCAUAGGUCUUCUAUUUAAAGACAACAAUAGAGGGAUAGAAAAAAUAUGCGAUUCAUUAGAUAACUAUGAGUGACAAAAAAGAAAUGAAGCGAGAAUUAUUUAAAGAGGAGAAGGAAACUAUGCAAUCAUUCACUGGAUUACAAUUUGCAAAAAAAUUCGUAAACAUAGUUUUCGCUACUUUGGAGACAGGAACUAUUUCCGAUUUUACAGCCGAUGACAGUUUCCUUGAAGGAGUGAAAACUAUAUUGGAUGACAUUCAAAAUGGAAAAAAGUGCGAUCAAUUUUUCUGCAAGCCUCCAUCAUUAGAAAAUUUGGGCAAAUUAUUAUCUGACUUACCUGCUAAUAAAAUUACAUGCACUAAAAAAUAAUGUGCUUAUUCAGAAGGAGGUCAAUCAAAACUAUUAUUUACAAAAAUACCAUUUCUUCAAACUGAUAAGAAUUUUAGAUAUCUAGAUAAACCUAAUAAUGGAAUGCUUCUUACAACCAUUUAACCUAACAAUUAAAAAUUCGUCUCAAUAACAGCUCAGUUGGCAUUGAAAUGUAAUGUACAAGAUUAUGAUUUUCAUUCACAAGGAUACAGUGGUGCAUUUUAAGCAGUCAAAAUUGGUAGUUCAAAACUUUAUAGUGCUCUAAUUAUUGAACCUACAAGCAGUGGGAUCAAAAGGAAAUUGAGAACCCAAACUCCAGAAAUGUAUGAUGAAUUAAACGGAAUUCAGAAGGUGAAAUCAAUCUAUUAUUUUAUGAUCAUUACCAACAAAGCUCCAGAAGAACUUUUCAAUCAAAUUGUGUCUGUUGUUGAGAAAGCCAAGGAAUCUGAUCAAAAGAAAUAUUCUUGUACUCCAAUACCAAAAGAUACAGAGGCUUCAUUUGUGUAAUUGCACUAAACUUUGGAUGAGUCCAAUAUCACCAAUCAAGAAGAUCAAGAGAUGGAUUUAAAUGACUAUGAUUAUGUUGAAUACGAGGAUGUAUAGGAUGAUUUAUCGGAAGAUGCUAAUUCACUAAAUUACUAUGAAGAAAGCCAGCAGGAAUUAAUUAAUGAAUUAAAUAUAGAGAUGGCGAAUAUUCCUAAAAGUAAAUUACUUUAAAAUAAUUAAGUUGAAGCAACAGAAUAUGAUGGAGGAGAUUCAGAAUAGCUAUGA